AUGGAGUCCGCCCCAGUGGACGACGGCCUCGUGUUCCUUCCGCAGGCGUCCUCGGGCCUGGAGCUGCUGUGUGUGGCCCUGUAUCUGUCGCUGGCGCUCGUGGCCGCCUGCCGUGCGCUGUCGCAGGGCUCGACGUUCCAUCGCAGCCAACGCAGCACCUUCCAGCGCCUCAUGGUGCUGUUUGCCGUGACUCGCGCCGCAUCCUUCGUAAGCGAAGGCUUAGCCCGUAAUCUACUGAAUCGUGCGGCUCUGUGUCUGUUCUUCAGUCUCGUACUCUUCCAGACGCUGCUAUGGAUCGAUAUCGCCAAUCCCAAAGUCUCGACGCGCUCUCGACGCAUCUGGAUCGCGUUCGUAGUGGCCAACGGGCUCUUCUAUGCCGCUGUCUUGGGUCUCUCGGUGAUGCACGAGGCCAAAGUGGCCCAGGCCCGACACUCCAAGUCCAGACUAAACCGAUCCACGCUCUGGACGGGCGUGCUGCCCGUGCUCUUCAUCGCCACGGGCAGCUUCGUCAGCUCUUUGGGGCUCGUUUACUCGACGUGGAAGAUGCGGCAUCGAGUGGAGAGAGUGCUGAAGCCGUCGGGAAACGGACUGAGGAGGAGGCUGGAUGAACGCGUGGAGAAGAAGCUCACGAGCGCACUGAGGUUCACGAGUGUUGUCAUGGGGGCGUGCUCGGUCUUGUUUUUCUUGCGGACGAUCAUCUACGUCCAGAGACCGUUUUCGCAUCAAGGGUGCGGGGAUAUACACAGUCCUGACGUGUGUGUUGUGGUGGGCUACGUAAUUCCGGAGAUCGUGCCGUGUGUGCUGUUUCUUGUGCUGAUGUGGGAGGUGGAACCGACGCUGGAGAUCCCAUCGAGACGUAGUUUGAGCUAUACUAAGGGACGCGUGACGUCGGAGACGACGCCGUUGCUGGACAAUGAAGCGAUGCCUCCACCUCUGCUGGUAGCGGCCAAGGAAUUCACAGACAGGAUUGGCACGGCGUCGAAAUCGGCGGUGACGCAGCCGAACUCACCACCUGGCUCCCAGAGUGGGUAUUUUACGGUUGGUCGUCGACCAAGUCCACUGUCGUUAGGUCUUGGAAAUGGCGUGUUAGGUCGAGCGAGACGACGACUGGAGCUUGUGGUACGACAGCAUUUAGGAGGAGCCAGCAACGAGCAGCAUUCAGAUGACCCAUGGCGGUGGCCAGCGCAGUCUGCUUCCUCGACACCGUGUGCUUGGUUCUCAUUCCAGUGUUUUAACUUGACUCUGCCAUCAAAAUCAUCGGUGACGUCUUCAUCGUUCGUGGUGCUUCAUCUGAUGAAUGCCGAGACAGGCGCGGUGAUAGCCGAGAUAGGCCGCACAGAGAUUUCUCACUCAGAAGACCCCUGUUUUCACAUGAUGCUGGCUGUCGACAUGCGUGAACAAGAUCUGCUGCGCGCAUCGGUGUACUCGGUACGAAACCCAAACUCGCUACAGAACUUGGAUAGCCAGUGGCUCGUUGGUGACCCACUUGUUCCGCUCUCAUCGUUUAUGACGGGUUCAUUGCCUACAAUCGGACGGGCAGCUAUUUUCUCGCUGUAUUCUCCUCUAUCUCGAACGCGAUCUUCGGGUGAAAUCGUUAUCCGAUGUGAAGCAGAGGUGAAGGGUUUGCAUGCUGGGAUGUCGACUGACGGGCUUGAGCGCAUCACUCGGUCGUUCAUGUAUAUUGGAAUUAAGAGUACGGACGCAGAGGAUCACGAUGACUCGGCGUAUUCCGAGAUAGCCCAGCAGAUGAUAAAUCUUGCGUCCACCUCCCAACGCUCGCAGGGUAAAGUGCUGGUCGAAGAAGAGCUGAUAGAAAGUGUGUAUACGUGGGAAGUACCUUAUCAACUGCUUCAAUUGAUACUAUCGGACUUGCUGAUGAAACUUGAUUCACUCAAGCGUGAGAUCGCGCUUGAGGAUGGCGAUGAAAGCUCUUCGUCGACUCCUUCCAGCCAGCUCUCAACUCCUAGUGUCGGUGGCUAUUCAAUGCCUUCAGUGAUUACAACUCCACGAGCGCUUGGUACUAAUCGGGUCAGACCAGCAACUAGCAUCGGGAUGCUAUCGGAAAUGAUUAUUCAGAUCCAAGAUGAUGCGAUCGAGCGGAAAAAGAGAAAGUGGCGUCUGGAUCUGGUGAAGACAAUGGAGCAAUACAUCUCGGAGGUGGAAGAUUCCAUUUUGCGCUACGGGGCCACUCAACACGCAGGGCUCACUUUCAAGCCGAGUACCAUGAAAGCAGACGCAGAUCUGCGUUUCCUGGCGCUAAAUCUCCACCAGCAGUUGCUGACAGUGGGCAAUGCAGCUCCAACGUCUGAAAAGGAUGUCCAGUACGGCGACCAAUCAAGCGCAGCGCGCUAUGCUCGCCUUGUGAACUCGUUUGUCGGGACUCUUCUGUCGUCACCGCUGCAUCUAUCGAGGAAGGCCAGCAUGCGUGAUCAACAGACUGACCUCGGUUCCGUGCUGUUCGUAGACGCUGAUAAGAGCGACGAGAAUGAAGUCGCAUCGCCUUCGGCGUCGGAAGAGUCACCCCUUGAACCCGUGGAGGCCCUACGUCGGCGUGUGAUUUCGUUUGAUUCGGCAGAGACGAUUGUCAACAAGAGGGCAGCGGGCCAGGAUGUAUCCGUCCCUUCGGAGCAGCGGAAGCUGGCAGAAACCAUUGUUGCGAUGGGGAUCACGGAAGAAGAAUUCCAGAGAAUCUAUGGGCUUGAUGAGAAUCUGAAGAAAGCGGCGAUGACGAUUGAUACGAACGCUAGAAACCGUCCCCCCUUUUACAGACACAGGAUGUACGGCACAACAACUGUUGGAGCCUUUGCAGCUCACGUGUACGGGUUUAAAAGUGGCGGAGUGCGACAGAUGCGUGCCGAGUUGGAGAAACUUCACGCACGUUUGGUCAAAGAAGCACAGGCAAGCUCAGAUCUUACAAUGGACGCCUUGGAGCGCAAGUACAACGAACUUAAAUGGGAUGUGGAGCGCCGCCUUGAGGUGGCUUUCUGCCAGGCGAUGAGCGCUCUUGUCACGUGCUUUCAGCAAACUCUCUACGUACAUACGCACGACCAUCGGGAUUUUGGACCUCAUCCGCUGAAGGCCUGCGGUAUCGACUACCUAGAAAUGCUUACGAGGGUUGGCUUUCUAUUCUCUGCUGAGAGCUUGUUGUCGACGUAUGGCAACGAGUUGGGAAUGCUAGGUGACACAGAGGCUGCCGUCAAGGAGCUCGCACGAGUCCACGUCAAGUUGCGACCUGUUAAGUCGCCCCGUGCUGCUACCUUCCGUGUCUCCAUCACUUCUGGACCAUCAGGAAUCGUGAUUGAACUUCCUAUCAUUACGCGUCGGGCAAGUGAGUUUCCUGAUCGCAGUAUGCACCGUGUUCCAGGACAAGAUGCUGUAUCCGGGGCCAUCUAUUUACCGCUGUCAACCCCCGAACAGAAGAUGCGCGCGAAAUUUUUGUUCCAGAAGCCAAUUCGGGUGAUUCCCGUCAUCUUCUCGCAGGGGCUGAAUGAAAUGCAGACGGUAGCCAACACUGUCGGCAAGGCCUCUCUACAGAAAGAGAUCAAUGCGGAGAACGUGGUGGAGCUGGAGUCAUACGUCAAGAAUUUUGCUGAAUGGGUCACCAAGAAGCAGUGCCGCGAGACAUCGAUUCCAAUCUACGAUAUGGAGGAUCUCGAUCGGAUUCAGACGUCGCUGGUGGCUCUCAAACUUAGCAUCCAACUUUCCGGUCGGUCCAAGCGCAUGGCAAUUCUCAGUUUGUCGUCAGCCAUCGCUCGAUCAGUUGGUGGCGGUCGAGUGACCAUGUGCAAGUCCGCGAAGGAUCGGACGUCCAUGUCGAUCACUCUUGAAGAAGCAAACUUACUUGUACGCUCGCACGGGCUUCUCGCUGAUGAUAUGGAAACCUUCACCGAUCUAUUGAGGACAUACGGAGUUCGACGCGAAAAUGCGCGGAAAAAUAUCGGCAAAGCUCAGUAUUGCUUCAGCGCAUUGCAGAACUACAUGCUGCCGCAGGAUUAUCAAUGUCCGCCUGGCACAGGAGGUGGCAGUCGUGCGUAUUCGUAGAUCGAAAUGAGGGAGGGAUGGCGCACCUGAACCAUCUCGUCGCUGGGUGGACUGUAAUUUAUGUUUUUGAUUUUUUUU